GGAAUGAAACGGUUUGGAGGAAGAAAAAGGAAAAAAAGGACGGAGUAUGGUGAUUUUUCCUGUUCAUCAUAUCACAAGAUGUUCCAGACAUUUUUGCUGACUUAAAAGGUCAAGUAGUCAACUCAUUGACCUUCAAAAAGCCUUGUUCGAGAUACUUCCUGCCAAACCCCAAUGAAUGUAACGACGAGGACACUUACUCGGUCUCUUCCGAGUUCCGGGCAAUCUCAAUAUAAACUCCCCAGUCUCUCACGCGCCGAUGCCGAUGUCUCUCGCCCACAAUACCUAUGCAUCUCCACAUCUAGCUCUAGCUUCACCUCCACCACCCUCGCGUAUGUAAGCAUAAGUUUCAGCGGGAAGGCACACAAGGACAUCUACCUCAGGCUUCAACUCCAAAAGGCAGCUCAUGACCAUGGCCAUGACACUCAUUCUCUCUCGGUGGCGCCAAGCAAGCUAUACACACCCGACAGAUCCCACCUCCGGAUGACAACAAACCGCCUAUCUUUCGUCGAUCCUCGAGGCCAUCUCAGCAGUCACACUCUAGCUUCCAAACUCCGAACUGGGACCGGAAGAAGUGAGCCGGUCUUCAAAAACAUCGUAGUAUUGGACUGCGAGCUCGUGGCAGUGAAUGCAGCUCGGGUGGUGGUUAUCAGGAGAAGACUGGGACGACAGAGGAAGGGAGGGGAGGGGAGGAGGUACAGUAUGUAGGUGAAAGUGAAGGAUUUAAGGAAAUCUGCUUUCGAGGAUGUGGUAGAAAUAGAUAGAUACUGGCUAUCUACAAGUGUAAAGAAGGAAUUGUUGGGCAUUCUAGUUGCUUCAUAGACUUGGCGAAACCCUCACCGCCAGAAUCAAAUUUUGGCAUUAACACAUGAAGCAAAGCACUGAAAUCACAUUCCAAAAACGCAAUUCAAGACUGCCAAUCUUGUUUAAGAGAUCUUCACAUUCAAAUAUCCACUCCAAUUUCCACACUA